UCGUGGAGAGCCGAUAUCUUCUGUUGUUGUCAGAUGCUUCACGGAGGCUUUGCCGGAGAACAGACUAAGCAGACUUCUUCACAAACACAUGUUUGAGGAGGCUGAAAAGUUUGCCAUCACAUUUGAUCUGGAUUUAGAGCUCGUGUACAAGGUGAAGCUGGACUUUGUGCUGGAGCAGCUGGCCUCGGCCUCUGUGGGUGGAUAUGGAGAGGGAGUGUGGUCUGAACUUGUGGAGGAGGCCAAGACCAACCUGAUGAAGAUCACAGAUGAGCAGUAUGUGGUGGAGUACUGCCUGAAGGCUCCGUGGCCGACCUUUGAGACGGCAGAGAAGAUGCUGAACCACGCUGCCACGCGAUACUCCUCUCUACAGAUCCAGGAGGCUCUGGCCAGGCUGGCUACGUUCUGCAGCCUGCACGGCCUGGACAACUUCAAUGGCAUCGCAUGGAUUGAGUUUCUGAACAGCAUGGACAAUUUGGGAGAUAUUCUCGCCCACCUGAGAGAGGGAGACUUGAAGGGUGCACAACUCAUUUGGCUCAGAUAUGAGGGACACAUUGCAGCGGAGUUUGACGAGAGGAAUCUUAAAGCGGUGCUCGAUGUUAUCCCAGAGGACCUGCCAUCCCAAGACCUCUGUCCUUGGUUCAGGACCGUUUUUGUACCUUUUGUGAGGAGAGUGCUUCCAUCAGGACAGAAAAUCCUGGAGAGAUGGCUGGAGCAGAGGGCAAGGAAUCUGGAGUUGACAGAAAAGGAUGAUGAUUAUGGUGCAGAAGAGGUGGAGAGCCUGAAGUCCCUGGUGUCGAACCUCCGGCAGCUCCUGGACCUCCACAGGAAAUACAGCUGCAGACUUUCACUUUCAGUCUUUGAGAAGGUUUGUUUCCUUUUUAGUCGUGGAGAGCCGAUAUCUUCUGUUGUUGUCAGAUGCUUCACGGAGGCUUUGCCGGAGAACAGACUAAGCAGACUUCUUCACAAACACAUGUUUGAGGAGGCUGAAAAGUUUGCCAUCACAUUUGAUCUGGAUUUAGAGCUCGUGUACAAGGUGAAGCUGGACUUUGUGCUGGAGCAGCUGACCUCGGCCUCUGUGGGUGGAUAUGGAGAGGGAGUGUGGUCUGAACUUGUGGAGGAGGCCAAGACCAACCUGAUGAAGAUCACAGAUGAGCAGUAUGUGGUGGAGUACUGCCUGAAGGCUCCGUGGCCGACCUUUGAGACGGCAGAGAAGAUGCUGAACCACGUUGCCACGCGAUACUCCUCUCUACAGAUCCAGGAGGCUCUGGCCAGGCUGGCUACGUUCUGCAGCCUGCACGGCCUGGACAACUUCAAUGGCAUCGCAUGGAUUGAGUUUCUGAACAGCAUGGACAAUUUGGGAGAUAUUCUCGCCCACCUGAGAGAGGGAGACUUGAAGGGUGCACAACUCAUUUGGCUCAGAUAUGAGGGACACAUUGCAGCGGAGUUUGAUGAGAGGAAUCUUAAAGCGGUGCUCGAUGUUAUCCCAGAGGACCUGCCAUCCGAAGACCUCUGUCCUUGGUUCAGGACCGUUUUUGUACCUUUUGUGAGGAGAGUGCUUCCAUCAGGACAGAAAGUCCUGGAGAGAUGGCUGGAGCAGAGGGCAAGGAAUCUGGAGUUGACAGAAAAGGUAUAA